AUGAUGAAUGACUUUCCGCAAGCUAGUAGUAGCCUAGCGGGCGAAAGGAGACGAAAGCGUAUCAUCACAGAUGCGCGAAGAGAACAAAACAGGGCAGCGUCCAGGGCAUAUCAGACUACCGCUCCUCUUGACGUCGGCAUUGGUGACCACCGAGGAGGCAAGGAUCCUGUUUUUGAUCCUACGGUCCCUUCACUGCCUAUCACGAGUCUCUAUGAGCAUGGAAGCGCAACAUCUGGAACUACUAUCCUCUCAUCGAAUUCACUCAUUGGUUCCUCGCAAAAUCUUCUGUCUCUAGAAGCUUCUCACUGCGUUAGCUCCGAAGCGACUUUGGCGUCUCCAAUGCCAUUAGACGUUACAAUCGAGUGUGAGGCAGUGAAGAAUUCGGUGUACCUAUCUCCCCUCUCGUUGAACUCAAAACAAAUAUCCCCAUUCCAUUCGCAGAAUUCAAGGUCUCGAUCCAAGCCCCAAAUUUUGGACCAAUAUCACGACCAAAGUCUUUCGACCAACGAGUUUGGGAAUCAAGGCCUUGCGCUGGAAUCUUUCUCUUAUACUGACUUGGAUAUCGUAUUUGAAUGCCAAGCUCAGGCUCAAAUCAAUUCAAUGUACUUGGCCAUGCCUUCUCUUCUGCCUGAUUUCUACAAGCCCCACUCCCGGCGGUCCAAGUUAUCACCAUCCAUCGCAUACAUGCAUGUCGCUAUUCUUCUGGGCAUUACGCUCCACGAUCUGGUAAAUAGCAAACCUUCUUCGCCAUUCUAUCGCCAAACUACAGCAGAAGACGAUCCAGAGGUCCUCCUUGCGGCAGCUGCAAUUCCUUCUCUACCAGCGCAUCUCCAACCAACGCUACCCCAGAUUCUUUUUCCCCACAAUCCCAACCUUGAUCUUCUACCGUUUCCUGUUUUGCGGGCUCGAGCUAUUACCUUGGCAGCGACAACUCCUCAGCUGGUCAAUUCCAAAGAGUUAAAGAUGGACAUCCUCCGCGACGGGCUGAUCUGUUGGCAUAGCAGGAAUGAUGGUGAUAAUGGGAUUGGGCAGCCUUGGGACAUCCAUAGCUGGGAGGCCGCGUCAUGGUUCAAGAAGAAGUGGCGUAUGUUAUUUGAUGAAAACGAUAGUCAUCACUUAUACUGA